AUGGAGACGCGAUUCCGGAUAAACAGUCGCACCCACAAACCCAGUGAGGGUUCGUAUGUGGACGCCUUCUCUAAGGCGCCCGACUUCAGUGUGCAAGAUUACCAGUCCGCAAAGGCAGAGACAUGGAGCCCCGACCUGGCUUGUUUCGGCUAUUCCAACGUCAACGUCCAUAAUUCACUGGGCAUCGUCAAGAAAUUAGAGAAUCUGGAGUUGGGAAGCACGCCUCAACCGUCGCAGAAGCAGAGGGACGUGUCGUUGUGCCAGGCCGCCUACGACAUCUACAAGUCCGUGCUCAAACUAUUGCCAUGUUCGGCCUGCGUCAGAGAUUUGGUCGAGGUUUUCUUCGACGAGGUCAACUGGCAGUAUACCAUCCUCGACCGGAACUAUUUCACGGUCAAACUAGAGGAAUACUACCACCAGCCCACCUCACCCCUUUACCAAGCUGAACGGACGUUUCCUUCGGAGAGGCUGAUAUUCUCGGCCCUGCUCUUUCAGGUGCUGGCCUGCGCCUUACAGUUCCUCCCCGCAGGUCACGCUGAAAACCUGCACACGUUCUGUAUCAAAGGGAUUGUUGUGGAGGGAGAUGGACCGUCCGACGACCCUACGAUGCGACUCUUGGGCUUGCUCCCGAAGAAUGUCAUCAACUUGGACUACAUAGCAGCACAGAUUCUGCGUACUGCCUGGCUCAAGAACCGUGGCAUGAUUGCCGAAGCGUGGCAUAUCAUUGCCCAGGCAACCAUCAACGCGCAAGAGAUUGGUCUCCAUCGCGACGACGGGAAACUAUACGCCAGUGAUGCAGAGAGCGCCUGCGUAGAGCUAUGGGACAUUGUGCUACGGCGUCGUCUGAUGGUGAACCUUUACCUCUGGGACAGUCAAAUGGGCAUGGUUCUAGGCAAGCCGCUGAACUUCAAGGCCAACGACUAUACGAUAGUGCCGCCGACAGACUGCGAGAUCCCCAGAAAUCGGAGGUCUACUGCACCCUUUGAAAGGAGCGACUACGAGAAACCGAAUACCUUCACGGUGCGAUUGCUGGAGUACCACAUGCACAAGCAGCUCCCACAGGUCCGAGAGUUAGAGCUAGAAGGCCCAUAUCCGCGUGACUAUGGCAAGGUAGAGCGUCUUCACCAGGGGGCUCUUGAUUAUAUCGCUACCAUCCCAGCGAUCUACCGGUUUGAGAACCCGGACACAUCAUUCGACGAAGAUUGUCCCAUGCUGGCAUCACAACGGGAGUUCUUCUGCGCCACCAUAUGGCUGUUCAUCCUCCUGCUUCACAGACCUUAUAUCUUUUCGAUUGCCAAGAGUCGGACCGAGAUCAUGACAGCGGCCAUCCACAUGUUGGACGCCCAGCAGAGAUUUUUCGACAGCCUCUCUCCGCAUCACUACAAGAUGUUCACGCUUGCGUAUUUGACCGUGGAACCUUGUGUCUCCAUGCUGGCUGUGUUGAUCGCCUUCCCGCACGAAAAUGCAGAGUUGGUCCCCGAGGCCUUUAGAAGCAUACGAGAGUCCCUUUUCAGACUGAACACAAUCCGCAACACCAACAAAGUGGCUGGCCAGGGUGCGGACGUGAUUCGGAAUUUGCUACUUCGAGCGGAGAAGAAUCAACCAUCACCGGUCCCGACAUCCAAGUCCAACAGCCCUCGGUCUGAUGCACACUCUUCGGAACUGUUUGCGACGCCCGGCUCUCACGGGGCGGCUCCCUUUUACCCGGUGACACAGCCCCCGCAACAACAGCCAGCAUUAUUCUGCGGGAAUACUUCAUUUGGCGACAUGCCGGAUUGGAGCACGCCCUUUCAGCAAACGCCUUCAACCGCCCCUCCAGCCAGCUCUGGGUAUGCAUUUGACGGAACUCCUUUUCGACCGGUCGCAGACCUGACCUACAAUGAGCUGGCCAUUGCUCAGCCGUUUUCAAUGUCCGAAGGCAAUUUCAACGAGGGACCGGACCACGGCAGGGUUGGCACUGAGGGGCCACAGCAGUUUCGCGGCGACUUUGGUGAGGGCUCUUUCUGGAGUUUCGUCAAUAGAGGCUCUACCUAA